AGAGAGAGAGAGAGAGAGAGAGAGAGAGAGAGCCUCCCUGGCAGGCAUCAUCCCCCUCAGUCAGUCUGACCGCCCACAGUCCGGGGGGAGAAAGUGCUGCUUUGUGAAUGAAGGGAGCGGCGGAGGGCAGAAAACAAACUUUACCAAAAUCAGAUCCGACUGGUGGACGAUUUUGCAUCCGACAGAAAGAGGUUUGCACGGGCGAAACAAGCAACACCUGAUCCGACAAGGAGCAAAGAAAACACAAGAAGCUGUAAAUCAUGGUCACUUUGGCCUGUCUCUGCCUGGUGGUGGUGGUGGUUGUGGUGGUCAGCGGUGACCCCUGCCUCAUCAUUAGUGAAGUCAACGCUGACAACCCGAGGCUGGACACCACUGAGUUUGUGGAGCUGUAUCACACCAGUGGACAACGCGCUUCCCUCGAUGGCUAUACCCUUGUGUUCUAUAAUGGGAAUGGAAAUAUAGCCUACAAGGUCUUGGACCUUAAAGGCCAGAACACAGAUGACAGAGGGUUCUUUCUCGUGGGCUCUGUGGACAUGCUGCCCAAACCGGCCAUUCUCCUGCCUCCCAACACUGUCCAGAACGGCCCAGACGCUAUCGUCCUCUACCACACAUCUGCUGCACGCUACAGCGAGAAGAUGAACGUCACAGCCCAUGGGCUGGUGGAUGCCGUAGUGUACAUGACUCGCCGUACUGGGGGCGCAGAGUUCCUCGCUGAAACUCUGACACCAGGAGAACCAGCCUUCGUCGAGGAUGAAACGGCCCUCGAGGGGGAUGAGUCAAUCGAGAGGUGCCUGCUUUCUGAAGAUCGCUGGGGCUUUCAGGUGGCCUCGCCCUCCCCGGGUCAGAGGAAUAACUGCACCCCACCUGCCGGACCAACAAUCAUCCCUGUCAUCACUGAGCUGAAGCUAGGGGGAGGCCAGGUGGACGGAUUUGUGGAGCUAACAGAGGCUCCAGCUGCAGGUCCUCUGGUGCUGGUCGUGUUGGAUGGGAAAACAGACAGGGUCAGUGUGAGUGUGGACGUGGGUGUUACCACCACCAGGAAUGGUUUGAUCUCCACGAUCAUAGACAAGAACUACAUGAAAGGAGAUGAGUCAGGGGCAGUGGCUAUUUACAGUGGCAGAGCCACAGACUUCCCUGUGGGCAGUCCACUGAGCCAGAUACAGCCUCUAGAUGCAUUUGUGUUUGCUGGACCCGGAAACAAGCCCAGUGCCAACCUCACAGAGACUCUCAUCCCAGGCAGACAGUCUUACCAACUCAGCAACAGUUUGAGAGAGGGGGGCUUCUAUCUGAGUCGCUGUGGUGUGGCCACCUGGGCCAGAGAUCCUGGUGUCUUCUGGGAGGCCCCACAAACUCCAGGACAGCCCAACCAGUGCCCCUGGCCAAAGAGCUGCCCUCACAGUAUUGUGAUCCCAGGAGGUACAGAUUCCCCGCCUCACCUCCCACCCUGGGGAAACAGCGACUUCCUGAUCAAUGAGCUGAACACCGAUACACCUGGGGCAGCUGAGGAUGGCGAGUACAUCGAGCUUUGGCACCCGUCGGGACGUCGUGUUUCCCUGCAGGGCAUCUGGAUCCUGCUGUUCAGCGCACGCAACAGCAAACCCUACAGGGAGAUCAGUCUAAGUGGACACUUCACCACCUCUAAGGGCUACUUUCUGCUGGGCAGUGACAGAUUGGUGCCAGCUCCAUCACUCCGCCUGCCCCCCAAUACCAUCCAGAAUGGACCAGAUGCUGUGGCACUCUAUCGCAGUCCUUUUGGCCCGCCAUCAGCCACGCAAAGGGGGAUCCCCACCAAAGGCCUGCUGGAUGCAGUUGUGUACCGGCAGAGAGGAUCAGAUAAAGAAGCGCAAGAGCUGAGUAAAGCUCUGACCCCGGGACAACUGCCUCUGCUGGAGGAUCCUGAGGUUCUGCCUGGUGAUGAGGCCCUCAGCCGCUGUGGAGGGCUUUACCCCUUUGACCUGUCUGCUUUUUCAGUGGCUACACCCACCCCUCUGAGGGAAAACAUCUGUCCUCGCCCACAUCCACCCCCUGAGGGUGUGGUCAUCAGUGAGGUAGCCAGUGGCCAUUGGACCAAUCACAGCCAGCAGAGGGCAUUUGUGGAGCUGCACGGCCCCCCCAUGACAAACCUGCGGGGCCUGGUGCUUACUGUGUUUGACCAGGAGCGCAGCAGGACCGUAAUUGCGGUCCCUCUAACCGGAUCUAUUGACCAUGAUGGCUUUUACAUUGUUGGAAAUGUAUCUGGGGCAGAUCAGACUUUCCCUGAAGGCUCCACAGUGCCAGUGCGAGGAGCGGUAGUCCUGUGCUAUGACCUGUUCAGCUUCUGUAGAGCUGGCACCGCUCUGACCAACUCCAGUCUAAGAGAUGUGCUUGUAUUCAGUGAAAACCAGCAGCUGCUCUCCUCUCUGUCCACCACCAGAGGGAGACAAGUGAUCCCAGCUCUCAGGUCAGUGGAAGAUGGUCCUGUUUCGCUGAGCCGGUGUUCAUGCUGUGAGGUAAGGAGCCCCUCCUCCUGGACGAGUUCCUCUCCGACGCCUCACAGCACCAACCUCUGUCCGAGCUCUGCCUUCUCAAGUCACAUUGACCUUUGCCUCGGACCCCUGUCCAGAGACUGGCAGGAGCAGUCAGGAAACUGCAGUGGUCUAAUCCAGGGGAAGAGGGUCGCAGAGGUGGCCGACUAUCUGGAGCAGAGAUGUCACUGUGGCAUUUCUGCUUUGUAUCUGCAAGGAGCCAACUUUUCCUGUGGGUCUGGGUGGCUGCGAGUGUGGGGUAACAUCCAUGCGCUGUCGGACCAUCAGAAGGCCCUCAUCAUCCAGACAUCACACAUGAAUCCUUCAUCUGCUCAGGGAGACGUCUGCUCCACUCCAACCACGGACCGUUAUACAAGCGCAGCGUCUGCUCUGGGGUUACAGAUAGGACUAAUUGUAGUGGUGCUCCUGCUGCUCGGACUUGGAGCUGCUUUGUUCACAUAUUUCUACAGGAAGAGGCGUCCUCUGGACUAUUACACCAUGGAGCUGAGUGAACACGCAGAGGGACUGUCAGAUCUAUAAUCCAGGCUUUGAAAUUGCUGCGCCUGCAUCUGUGUGUGUGUGUGUGUGUGUGUGUGUGUGUGUGUGUGUGUGUGUGUGUGUUUGUGUGUGUGUGUGUGUGUGUGUGUGUGUGUGUGUGUGUGUGUGUGUGUGUGUGUGUGUUGUGUGUGUGUGUGUCGGAGGACUUCAGAGAGAGCAAGAGAGAGAGAUGGGGGGUAAUCAGACCUUAAUUUGACCUGUACAUAACUGAUGUGUGGUUGUUUCAAACAAAUACCACCACAAGUGUCCUUCUCUAUGUGAGAUUACUGAUGAAGUGACUCAUAAUUGUCUGUUAGGAGUGUGGUUGCAUCCAGUGUGUGACAUCAAAUCAGGCAACCCAUGAGUUAAAUUUAAAGAUAACAUAUUUUUGUAAAGGUCAGUGUGCAACCUUUGUCUGUGAACAGUGCUGGUUACUACUUUUAAAUGGAAAAGAUGAUAAAAGGGAGCAUUUUGUGUUUUAAAUACUUGAGUCCUAAAUGGUCAUUUUUGUUGACUUGUUUAUGUUACUGUGGAAAAAGCCUUUAAAUUUAAACAACCAUGCUUUUGAUUUAUGCAGGAAGCUCUUUCGAUUUAAUGACCUUCAUCCCAUCCUCAGCCGGUACUUAACAACAGACUUUAUAACCAAGAUAAUAUUUGUUAAGCUCACAUUUCCUCUUGAAAGUGCUCGACUUCCUGCUUUGUUUUCCUGCUACAUGCUGUAAUAGUCCAUUUUUUAGACUCUUGUCACUCAAGGGCUUGAUUGUCUUUUUAAAUGUGAAUGUCUUUGGCUAACUUGUGAUGAGUGUUUUGUAACCACUUUUGUCGUAUGCUUACUUAAAGCAAACUGUUUACAUUUUCUUGGUUUAGAAAUUAGAAAAAGGGAUGUGAAAGACUGAUGUCAAAGUAAUUUCUUGAAUGAGUGUUAGUUUUUAGAAAUGAGCGACUGCUUGGUGUUAACAAAAUCAGAGCUAUUUUAUGUUUCACUUGUGUUUUUUUUGUUUUGUUGUUGUUGUUUUGUUCUUAGUGGCUCAGAAACCUCCGCUGUGCCUUUUUUUUAAAGUGUGUUAUGUGAUCAGCUUAUUCCUCAUUUAUUAGAGGGAAAGUACAGCUAUCUCUGCUGCAGCCAUAAGUGUACUAUGGAUAUGAUGUUAGUAUCCUGCAGGGGGGAGUUAUCACCAUUCUGAAAUGAUAAGUUGUUAUUAUAGAAAUACAGAAACUAGCUGGGAUCAGAGCAAAAAUCUAAAUAUUUUUGAUUGUUCCCAGCUUAAUUUGAAAAGAAUCCUAAAAUUGCCAAUACAAAGUGCCAUGAAAUACAUUCUAAUACGUUUAAACGUAUAAAAAAUAUAAACAAUGUGCCACUUGCCUUGUAACCUUGCCUUCUCUCGUCUGCUGUUGUGCACAGCAUCUCCGCCUGUUUGCUUUAAGCGACAUGGUGAGGAGAUUUUCUUUCUCAGUGUCAUUUUCUUCUGUUCUAAUUUCUCAAUAUUGUCAUUUAUUAAUAUUCAUCAUCUGUCAAGCAAAAUUAACUAUAUACAAUCGGAUUUGUUUUACAGCAUGUUCAAAUACUUUUUUUAAAAAUUCAAAACUAGAUGGAAAACCAGCAUUUUUUUUGUAGCUUUUAAAGUAAAUAAAAAGCCCCCCCCUAGAAAGAUGUUGUGUAAUGUUAAAUAUGUAUUUUAUUGUAAACUUCUGUAUUUUGUGUAAAAUGGUACAGUUCAUGUAGAAAGUUUUCAACAAAAAGCAGAAGGAGAAAAGUGUCUUAAGAUUACACCCCCAAAAAUAGUGACUCUUAAAUAAAAUGAAACUGAAAAUAAAUUGAUGUAACACUCCUCAAAACACUUGAAAAUCAAUUUCAUUUCUAUGUUGUAUAUACCGUAUAUCCACAAUUUAUAAGAAGGGGAAGAUAAUUUAUGACUUGUAUUGUCACAGAUCAGCAGCAGCAUUCAAAACUAACACGACUGUCUGUGUACAUGCAGCAGAUAUUCUUGGUCUACAGCAGAAGAUAUCACAGAAAACAAUGGGGGGUAAACAGUGUAUCAUCUGCAUCCCCAGGUCAUGAUUUUAAAAGCCUUCUCUCCAAUGUUUGCCUUCCGGUUUGUUUUCCUUCCAGUGCACACGUAGCAGGUUUGAAAUAAAUUACUUCCACAAA